AGUAUGUAGAUGUUUCACAGACUCCAAAGCAAGACGUUUCAAGCGGUUUAUUCCUCAGCGCAGCGUAAAGAGGAUGCGCCUCUCGCCUUCAGCUUAACAAAUAACUCAUCUUUAUCACAACCUGAGGAGCACCGAAGAGAACUUAAACACUUUGCACAGAGAACUGGAAUCUUUCUCUCUUACUAUACUGUAACAUCAUGGACAGACUGCAGUCUCGAGGUCACCCGGUUGAUGUUCAGCGACGGUGAAUGAAGAUGAGGUUCAGUUAACGUUAGUCCAUGAUGGAUCACCAUCACGAUAUGAAAUGUAAAAUAGUUGUGGUCGGGGACACUCAGUGUGGGAAGACGUCUUUGUUAAAUGUUUUUGCCAAAGACUCCUUUCCAGAGAACUAUGUUCCUACAGUGUUUGAGAACUACACAGCCAGUUUUGAGGUGGACACAUUGAGAGUUGAGCUCAGUCUUUGGGAUACUUCAGGGUCUCCGUACUAUGACAACGUGCGCCCCCUCUCUUAUCCGGACGCCGAUGCAGUUCUUAUCUGUUUUGAUAUCGGUCGACCAGAGACUCUGGAGAAUGUGCUAAGGAAGUGGAAAGGGGAAAUUGAGGAGUUCUGUCCCAAUACUAAAGUACUUCUGGUUGGAUGCAAGUCUGACCUACGUGCAGAUCUGGCCACAUUUGUGCAGCUGUCCAAUGACAUUCCUUCAUCGUAUGACCAGGGUUCAAACAUGGCCAAGCAGAUCUCGGCCCCUUACAUCGAGUGCUCAGCGCAGCAGUCUGAGAACAGCGUGAGGGACAUUUUUCACAUAGCCACACUGGCCUGCAUCAGUAAAAGCAACAAGAAUGUGAAGCGCAUGAAGUCCAGCAGAGCCACCAAGAGGACCUCGCACGUAUCUAGGCCUGAGCUGGGAUCAGUGUCAUGUCUACACAAGACCAAGACAAAAACCUGCACAGUCAUGUGAUUUCAGAAGCCAUUUCAUCUGCAUGCAUGCAUUCUCUUAUCAGGAUUCCUUCUAAAAGUCCAUUGGGGAAUUAAUGGGCAUUGAACUGAAGGGAGAUAUUUUGCACUUCACUAGUAUUCACAAUAUGUACCGGUGAACUGAGUGAGCGACAUGUAUUGAUGAUGAUGAUGCAUUAUUCUCCCCUAUUUAAAAGCACCUCAGAACAUUUUAGCCAUCAUAAAAAAACUAAAACAGGGAAAACAUCUGUUCCUAUGUACUGCCAAAUGAGCACUUAUAACUUUGUAGAAGCCGUCCAAAGAAGAAUUUCCUCUGGAUUUUGUUGUGUCGUAAUGUUUCAUUGCAAUGACCCCCAGUUUAUGGGCGUAACUAACUUGUUGGAUUAACAUGUGUUCAGUGCUGCUAACCUCAGUCCUGCCCUAUUAGAUCUGACUUCACCAAAAAGUGUCAAAUAAUGUCACAGAUAUACAUUGUAGGUAGUUUUUUUUUCUAUAUGAAAUAAACGGGGCAAUAAAUUAAGCAUACCUGCCGCAAACAGUUGUGUCGAUGAUAAUUUGUCAUUAUAUGCAAACACAUUCCAAACACUAUAUAAAAAAGCCUAAAAACUUUUCUAAAGUCCUUUAUGUAUUCAGAUUUUAAGGUUUGCCUGUAUUCUUUCUUUAAAAGAACUUGCAUGACAACCAUUAAAAUAUUUUAUAUCAUGACUUUA